CCACCCUACACGGGCCAUUUUGGAGCUACGUUCUGUCCAUUCUAGCGCGGUGUUUCUGCUGUUGCGGAGCCAAAAUGGCGGAGUGUGUAGCUGCAGCUUUGGUGUAUUCCAACUGACUUGAGCGCAAGAUGGCAGCUUCAGUGGAAGACGAGUUUGAGGAUGCGCCUGAUGUAGAGCCUUUAGAGCCGACAUUAAAGAAUAUUAUAGAGCAGAAAUCACUCAAAUGGAUAUUUGUUGGUGGGAAAGGUGGCGUGGGCAAGACAACAUGCAGCUGCAGUCUGGCGGUUCAGUUAGCGGCGGUGCGAGAGAGCGUCCUCAUCAUAUCCACAGAUCCAGCACACAACAUCUCCGAUGCCUUCGACCAGAAGUUCUCCAAGGUGCCCACCAAAGUCAAGGGCUACGACAACCUUUUUGCCAUGGAGAUCGACCCCAGUCUGGGUGUGGCGGAGCUCCCCGAUGAGUUCUUCGAGGAGGACAACAUGCUCAGCAUGGGGAAGAAGAUGAUGCAGGAAGCCAUGAGCGCUUUUCCCGGCAUCGACGAGGCCAUGAGCUACGCAGAGGUCAUGAGGUUAGUGAAAGGCAUGAAUUUUUCAGUGGUGGUGUUUGACACGGCCCCUACGGGACACACUCUGCGUCUGCUCAACUUCCCCACCAUCGUGGAGAGAGGACUGGGCCGCCUCAUGCAGAUCAAGAACCAGAUCAGCCCCUUCAUCUCACAGAUGUGUAACAUGUUGGGCCUGGGAGACAUGAACGCAGAUCAGCUGGCGUCUAAACUGGAAGAGACGCUCCCCGUCAUCCGCUCGGUCAGCGAGCAGUUUAAGGACCCGGAGCAGACGACGUUUAUCUGCGUGUGCAUCGCAGAGUUCCUGUCUCUGUAUGAGACGGAGCGUUUGAUUCAGGAGCUGGCCAAGUGUCGCAUCGACACGCAUAACAUUAUCGUCAACCAGCUGGUUUUCCCCGACAACGAGCGGCCCUGCAAGAUGUGUGAAGCCCGACACAAGAUUCAGUCCAAGUAUCUGGACCAGAUGGAGGAUUUAUAUGAAGAUUUCCACAUAGUGAAGUUGCCUCUGCUGCCUCACGAGGUUCGAGGAGCGGACAAGGUCAAUACUUUCUCCAAGCAGCUGCUGGAGCCCUACAGCCCGCCCAAGAAGUGACUGAAAUGAUUUCCACGGAUCAAACACACACUAUUGCAUCCCUCGUACCUGAUACAUGCAUCCCUCUGGUGUUCACAUCUCCACGCGCACCUUUAUUUCCCCCUUUCGCUGUCUCUACUCUCUCUGGUUUUCUGGUCUUGUCAUAACUGACGCCGCCAUGUUGCUCCAGUCAUCCGUUAUGAAUGUUGGCCGAGAGUUAAACGGCCUGUUUAGAAACAAAGUCUCGAUGGUUCAUGUUGCUUUGUAAUGAUGUAUUUAAGCUUAAGAAACACUCAUUCCUGAUGCGUGUUCAAGAAAGGAGAUUCAUAUUGAUAUCACCACAGGAAUGUACAUCUGGACUCUGAUUCAAUGGUUGAACAUGAGUAGUAUCGGUGUUAAUGUCUGUCACUAGUGCAGUUUUACCCGGCACAUCUGCUUUAGGAUCAGUGAAUGAUAACAUAAAGUUUUGUUGCAGAUUCUGGUCAAUAUUAUUAGACUUUAUUUUGUUUCCUGAUCUGGACUGCGUUUCCCGAAAGCAUCAUAAGUCUAAAUACAUCAUAGACCCAUUGCCACCAAUGAAGCAACGAUCAACUUAGGCUUAUGAUGCUUUCGGGAAACGCGGCCCUGGUCAGUAUUGAUGUUCAAUGAGAGGGUCCAAACAUGGGGGGAUGAUGCAUAUUUAGUGAGUUAAAGGGAUAGUUCACUGCCAAAAAAGAUAAUUGUCUUUUUUUUUUUUUUUUUUACUCACUCUCAUGUUGUUCCAAACCUUAGACAUUUAAUGCAAUUCAAAAUUGUUUCAUGCAAAACUUAUAAACAGCAUACAAGCUUGUAAAAACAAGGGUGAGUAAAUAAUGACUACAUUUUCAUUUUUGGGUGAACUAUGCCUUUAAACUUAUACUUAAUCGACUAAUAUUUGCAGUGAACCAAACUGUAAUUACUGUGUACAAACAUUGUGAUUCAAUUUAUCUAAUUUAAUUUUUGCAGUUAAAGUGAUGUAUUUAUAUAGACUUGUAAUGAUUAAGAUAAUUUCCGUUCACAUAGUCUAUAACAACAUUUAUUUGAGAGAUGUCUGUUUCUGGUUCUGGAUUGUGAAGCAUAUAUAGAUGCCUUGUUCUUCCUCUCACUUGUGUUUUCCUUAUCAUUUGGCAGUAACAUCUGCAUGCAUCAAAACACAGGAACGCACACACACACACACACCCUACAAGGAUAUCAGGAGCUUGUUUAAAUCCACUGCUACCUUUCAGCCGAGACGACUAUUACACAGUAAUAUACCGCGCUGGUUAAGUGUGUUUUCCUGCUUUUAUCAUCCUGUGGUUUCACGGCAUGAAGCAGUGGGCUCCGUAGUUCAUGAGAACCUGGGACAAGAAUUCACAAACCCGACGGUAUAUCAGACCGAAAGAUUUGGAUCUUUUAUCAGUUAUUAGUCAGUUUUGCUAAAGUUUCUUUGUUCUCUUAUAACUUGUUACUGCCUUUGCAAAGUUGGCUUCUUUUUCUAGAAGCACACCAGGUUUCAAAGCAAAUAAAACCCUUUCCUCCAUCUACUGCA